UGCCUUUGGGGCUGACUCUUGUGCGACUACCUGGAGAACAAACGGCCAAUGUGAACUUUCGGUCAACAGUCAGCCGACGCCAACUUUCUCCACAUGGGGAUUUGACUCAGUUCUCUAACCGACGGUGCACAUUCCACAAAACCUAAUGACCACAUGUUCCCUUCGGACGACUGAGCGCCGAAAAGCUUUCUGCCAGCUCUAACCCGGCGAUAUUGUUCUGGGCGUCCAUUACUGGAAAGAAAGUCAUGAGAUUUCGCAAGGUCAAGUCAAGAAGUACACAGAGCGUCUCGAGCAUUAUCGGGCCAUCUGCUACUUCGUCCCACCGAGUAUUGUCAUAGAUGAAGAUGGAGUCCAUAUACGUCUCUCUUUCGGAGCGUGCUCUUCUUGUUCAUCAAGCAGUUCAAAAUCGAAAUGAGAAGAGAACAAUCAUCCUCCUUGCUGGGCCACCGGGGUCAGGGAAAUCCACCAUUGCCGACGAAGUUGUCCUACGAUUGAAUGAGAACUCAGAGAAGACUGGAGUCGUAGCCUCCGUGUUGCCGAUGGAUGGUUUCCAUCUCUACCGCAAAGAGCUAGAUCAGUUGCCUAACAGAGACGAGGCAUACAAAAGACGAGGUGCUGCGUGGACUUUCAACGCGGAUAAGCUUUUGGCUCUUGUGAAGCAGCUACACCACUCAAAGAUUUAUUGCACACAGACAAUACUGGCUCCCGGCUUCAACCAUUUAGAAAAGGAUCCUAUGGAAGAAGCGAUCGCCAUAACGCCAGAAACGAAUCUGCUUCUCGUCGAAGGCUUGUGGUUACUGUACCAGAAAGAGCCUUGGAGCAGCAUUAGCGACUACGCUGAUGACACCUGGUUUGUAGACGUGGAUCCGACGCUGGCGAGAGAUCGUGUUGCGCGAAGGCAUAUCAAGUCCGGAAUUGAGAAGACCUGGGAUGCUGCAGUGAAGAGAGCGGAAGACAAUGAUCUGAGAAACGGGGACGAUGUUCGCCAAAAUCUAGUGCAGGUCGCUGUGCGGGUAAAGAGUGUCGAGCUUGGAUCCGAUAGCCCUUCAAUCUCUCUAUCACACGCAUAAUCGAAGAUAGGCAAAGCUUUACUCAAGUACUUUCGAGUCAAUUUUGAGAU